GUGUGAGUUCGAAAAGUGAGUUACAGAAUCGCAGGGCUGAUAUCCAACUUUAUUCAUAAUAGGUUCUGUGGGCUAUAACUAACUUGGAGUGUGCCGUAUUUGCGCUCAUCAUGUAUCUGAUAAAGUUGUUACGUGGAAAGAAAAACAAUCCUUUAGUGCUCAAUUGCUUUGGCCUCAGGGUGCCUGAUUCGUACCCUUAGCAAAAACUAACUUCUCGAUAAGGGCACACAUGACACAAUGUAUGAAAGUUUUGAUAUGAUCGCCUUUAAUCUACCAGAACUAGACGAAAUCGAUAUACCAGAAAAGCGUUCACCGCAUCAAAAAUACGCAUUCUUUUCUAUCGAGUCCCCUCAGUACAACCCCGUAUGCGUUGAUAUGUAUGACGACUUUUUCAACUGGACUUUUACUUACAAACUUACUUCUGAUGCCCGACUUUGGUUCUUUGAUAUAUACAACGUAAAUGAAACAAAGAUUGGUCCGCCUGUUAAUGUAUGGCCUACAUUUGAUCCCAUAGAUGAUGAUAUAAAAAUGAUGUUAGAUGGGAAAACCAAAAUAGCCGCAUGGUUCGUAUCAAAAUGUAAUACAAGAAGUGGUAGGGAGAAAAUUGCUCAGCAACUUGAUAAGGAGUUAAAAUAUAGGUACGGUUGGUCGAUUGAUAUCUACGGACAUUGCGGUAAAUUUGCAUGUCCAAGAAGAUAUGCUGAAAUUUGUAAUAAAAAGAUAGAAGAAGAUUAUUUCUUCUACCUGGCAUUUGAAAAUUCUUUUGCUGAUGAUUAUGUGACAAAGAAAGUAUUGUUAGCGGUUAAUAACUACGCAGUUCCAAUUGUAUUUGGUGGAGCUAAUUAUUCAAGAUUCCUCCCUCCGGACAGUUAUCUUGAUAUCAAAGAACUCGGUGUAUCAGAAGUGGCGCGACUUAUGCACAAAGCAUACAUACAUCGUGAGUUUUACUAUGAUUAUUUUAAAUGGACCAACUAUCUGUAUUACCGCCACAUUUCAAGAAGAAGCCAGGUGUGUAAAAUAUGUUCUCUACUAAAUGAUAAAGUCGCAAUGAGCACAACAACAAUGUAUCCAGACUUCAGAAAUUGGUGGAAUAAUGAAGGUUGGGACAACGAGUGUCCAUUUACUCAAGAAUUUUUCAACUAGCAAAUAGAAAUUUAAUUAGUGGUUCCAAUAUACAAAUAAUAUUAUCAUUGUAUAUUUAUG